AUGAAUGCGAUUGCGGAACAGCCGGCCGACGCCACCACGCUGUUGAACAAGUGCAGGGAGAUUAACGAUGGUAUCGCGGACCUGAAGGCCAAGCGCGAGGGCCAGCUGGCCGCCGCCCAGAACGCCAUGCUCGACUCCAGCACCGGAAAGGAAGACCAGGUCGCCCGCCAGACUCUGGAUUACAUCGAGGACGAGAUCAACAACGGCUUCCGCUACCUCCGUGAUCUGCUGAAAAAGAUCAAGCAGACUCCGGGCUCCGGAGACAACCGCGUCCAGACGCAGGUCGACGUCACCAGCCGCAACCUCCGUCGCGAGAUUGAACAGUACCAGCGAUGCCAGUCCGACUUCCAGAAGCGUCUGAGAGAGCAGGUUCGCAGACGUUAUGAGAUCGCGAACCCCGAGGCGACUCCCGAGGAGAUCGAGCAGGGUGUGGACAGCGUGCUGAUGGGCCAGGAGCAGAGCUUCCAGGUUACUGGUAGCCGUACUAGACAGGCCAACGACGCCAGACAGGCUGCCUUGGAGCGUUCGGCCGCUAUUCGCAAGAUUGAGCAGGAUAUGAUCGAGCUGGGCCGACUGUACCAGGAGGUCGCGGAGCUGGUUCACAUGCAGGAGCCUGCUGUGGAGCAGAUCAGCCAAGACGCCGAGAACGUCGCUGGAAACGUCGCCAAUGCCAACACCCAGAUCACGGAAGCCAUUGCCAGUGCUCGCCGAGCAAGAAAGUGGAAAUGGUACGCCCUGCUGGUCGUUAUCCUCAUCAUCGCCAUCGUCGUUGGUGUAGCCGUUGGUGUCACCGAAGCCAACAAGAAAUGA